ACGUGGGACUGCGGAGCAAUCACUCACAAAGAAAAAAAAAAGGAAAAGUAACUCGGGAAAGGAGAAAACUCAUGGUGGUAAAACUUGGUCUGAAGGAGGAGGGUGGACUCUUAUUUCGCUAUUAAUCGGAUGGUUGGGAAUUUGUAAGCACAGACUGCACCUGAUAAGCUGCUAGUUGAGUUUCUUCGGACGGGAACGAGUUCGUGUGUCGGAGUUGGAUUUAUGCGGUGAGCCGCUGUUCAGAUUUUGAACUAGAAGAAGAAGAAGCGCUCGCCUUUCAGAGCUCAAUGCUGGAGUUUUUACCACGACAACUAACUUCUUUACGUCGCAUUGAACUUUUGUGGUGACCAUUUCUCGACAUUAUCCGAAGUUUGUGUUCCGCCGCCGUUGAGGAGAACUACUUUUACUGAGAACAACUCGAGCGAAGUGUCGAGGAGCACUUUGCUGCUCUGUUUUUAGAGGAUAACAAACAAAGCAGUCCGACAAAUCACGUUUUACACCUUUUGACGGACACGGUGAGUUGUAGUUUCUAAGUGACUAACGAGCUUGUUAGUUCUGCUCCGUCUGUGAAUUACCUUUGAUUUUUCAAACCGCGGCGGCGGACAGCUGAAGGUGGGGGGAAAAGUUGGAGCGGAGACUUGACCAUGAGAUCUUUUGAGACGGACAUCUUUUUACUUCAGCGAAGUUGUUUCUACUAGUCCCGUGUGUUCCCCCCCCCCCCCAAACAAGACAAUUGAUGAGCUCCGAGGAGCUUUUCCUUUCCCCGGAGCUCCGUUAAUAUCGCGGGCAGCAGGAGAGCUAAGUGGCCGCGCUAUUAAAUACUGGAUACAAAAUGGCGGCGUCCCUGGGUCGAUUUGGAUACGUGUGUCGAUGUGUUUUAUAUUUAAUGCUGUCGGUCGAGCUGUUCGGCUCUUAUGGAUCGAGCUCAGGUUCGGUCUGUCCCCAGAACUGUACCUGCGGCGGGGACUCAGUGGACUGCAGCGGUCUGGAGCUGACAGCUACACCUCCGGACCUUCCAGCUUGGACUGUUUCCCUAAAUCUUGGCAACAAUAAGCUGACCUCUAUCAUCGCUGAAGCCUUUGUAAACCUUCCCAACCUGAGUGAACUGCGCUUGGAUCACAAUGAGCUGACCUCCAUACCUGAUUUAGGACGGGCUUCCAAAAUUGUAUCCCUCUACUUGCAUCAUAAUAAGAUCCGCAGCAUCGAUGGCCAGAGGAUAAGAGAGCUGGUUUCUCUGGAAACCUUGGACCUGAGCAAUAAUGACAUCACCGAGCUUCGAGUUCAGUGCUUUCCUGCAGGCCUUCAAAUUCGAGACCUAUACCUCAGUAACAACAAGAUCAGCGCGUUGGAGCUCGGAGCUCUGGAUCGUCUGGGUCCAACUCUGCAGAUUUUGAGACUGAGCCGAAACCGCAUCAGCCAGAUCCCCAUCCGAGCCUUCCAGCUUCCGAGGCUCACGCAGCUAGAACUGAACAGGAACCGUAUCCAUCAGAUCGAGGGUCUGACCUUCCAGGGUUUGUCCAGUUUGGAGGUGCUCAAACUGCAGAGGAACAGCAUCAGCAAACUGACGGAUGGAGCCUUCUGGGACCUGGCUAAGAUGAAAGUCCUUCACCUGGAGUACAACAACCUGACAGAGGUGAACAGUGGCUCCCUGUACGGCCUGAGCUCCCUCACGCAACUCUUCCUCAGUAACAACUCGAUAGCCCGCAUCAACCCCGACGGAUGGAAGUUUUGUCAUAAAUUAAGGGAACUAAAUCUGUCCUACAACAACCUGACCCGUCUGGAUGAAGGAAGCCUGGCAGUAUUGGGGGAUCUCCAUACCCUCCAGCUGGGCCACAACUCCAUCAGCCAUAUCAGUGAGGGAGCCUUCAGGGGUCUCAAGGCCCUACGCAUCCUGGAGCUGGACCAUAACGACAUCUCAGGCACAAUAGAAGACACCAAUGGGGCCUUCUCUGGAUUGGAUAAACUCAGGAAGCUGACUCUGUUUGGAAACAAGAUCAAAUCGGUGGCCAAGAAAGCCUUCGCUGGCCUGGAGACCCUGGAACACCUGAACUUGGGGGAGAAUGCUAUCCGUUCCAUCCAGCCUGAUGCUUUCAGUAGAAUGAAAAACCUCAGAAGCCUUCUGAUCCAGAGCAGCAGUUUCCUCUGCGACUGCCAGCUGAAGUGGCUGCCUGGCUGGUUGCUGUCACACGGUCUGCAGGCCGGUGUAAACGCCACCUGUGCCCACCCAGAGAGCUCGCAGGGAAGCAACGUCUUUCAAGUUCCAAGCGACAGCUUCGUGUGUGAUGACCUCCCCAAGCCCCAGAUAACCGUUCAGCCAAACAACACUGCGACGGUCCUCGGCAGCGACGCGCGUCUCACCUGCACGGCUGCGAGCAGCAGCUCCUCCCCCAUGACCUUCGUCUGGCGCAAAGACCAGGAGCUGCUUCAUCACGCCGAGCUGGAGAACUACGCUCACAUGCGCGGCCACCGUCACCACGGCGUGACGCCUCGCGCAGCGGAGGCGGCAGGAGGGGUGAUGGAGUACACCACCAUCCUGCACCUGCGGGACGUCACCUUUGCUCACGAGGGACGUUACCAGUGCAUCAUCACCAAUCACUUUGGCUCUACGUACUCCAGCAAGGCCCACGUCACCGUCAAUCAGCUGCCGUACUUCACCAAGACCCCCAGGGACAGCACCAUCCGAACAGGCCACACCGCCAGGCUGGAGUGCGCCGCCAAGGGCCACCCCACGCCCGAGAUCGCCUGGCAGAAGGAUGGCGGCACGGACUUCCCGGCCGCCCGCGAGCGCCGCAUGCACGUGAUGCCCGACGACGACGUGUUCUUCAUCACGGACGUCAAGCCCGAGGACCAGGGCGUGUACAGCUGCACCGCCAAGAACACGGCGGGCGCCGUCUCCGCCAACGCCACCCUCACCGUGCUGGAAACCCCCCACCCAGCCAAGGAGCUGGAGGACCGCAGCGUGGUGGUAGGAGACACCGUGGCCCUACAGUGCAAAGCCCUGGGCAGCCCACCUCCCCGCAUCACCUGGCUGCGCAACGACCAGCCGCUGCCCCCCUCCGAGCGGCACCACUUCACCGCGGGGAACCAGCUGCUGAUCAUCAACGCCGCCUCGCUGGAGGACGCCGGCCGCUACACCUGCCUCAUGUCCAACACCCUGGGCACGGCGCGCGCUCACAGCCAGCUGGUGGUGAACCAGAGCCGGAGCGCCUGCGCCACGCCCACGGGCCUGAGCACCAUCACCAUAGGCAUCAUCGUCAUCGCUGUGGUGACAAGCAUCGUGGCCACGUCGCUGGUGUGGGUGUGCAUCAUUUACCAGACCAGGAAGAAGAGUGAGGAGUGCAGCGUGACCAACACAGAUGAGACGAUCGUCCCACCAGAUGUCCCCAGCUACCUGUCCUCUCAGGGCACCCUGUCUGAGCGGCAGGAUGUGUGUAUCCGUGCGGAGGCCGGGGCUGGACCUCAGCCCAACGGACACAUCGUGGACUCCACAGGCUUCGAUGGUGCGGUGAUGUGCACAGACUGCUUGGAGAGCAGCUACUCCAUAGACCCAGACUACCUGGCCCACGGGCUCAGCUCGGCUCGAGGGGCCGAGUACCAUCAGCAGCUCGCACCCCCGCCUUACUCCCACCGUCACCCCGAGGAGCAGCGUGACUCCGGGUCGCACGGAGCGCCGCUCUGCAACGGGUCCCCCCGCGGGGUCCGACGAGACGUUCAAGGGUUCCCCAAAACCCACCACACGCCUCAGCCGGACCAAGACGACAGAACAGCGAGCCGAACGGGACACACGCAGGACGACUCCUUCCACAAACCGGUGAAGCUGGGCGGCGGCGGCGGCGGCGGCCCCCCCGACCCGGACUGUGAGCCCGAGCUCAGGCAGACUCUGCUGUCCAACGGGUACGUCCUCAGAGCCUCUCAGAGUGAGAGCGCCCCUCUGAGGAGAGCCAGCGACUAGCAUCCAGCUCGACAGCAUGAACCUUUUCUUUCUUUGCACUGGGAAAUAAACUGCUACCUCUUAUCGAGGGGGAAAUGCCUCCCCCCCCAGAACCUCCUGCAACUGAACUGACGCUAGGAGUUGGGGGGUGGGGUGCGUACGUGUCCGGAGUUUGAAGGCGGAGCUUGUGUGGGUGGCGUCCCACCUGAGCGUAUCAGCUGUACAUAGUUUAAAACCCUUCUUUUGGGAGGUGACCAGUAAAAAAUCUAGCUCCAAAGGUAUGUGAUUUGCAUUUGAAGAGUGAAAAAAAACACAAAGAGAGAAAUAUACAUCGGGACUUUUCACUGUACAUAAGAGUUUUCUUAUAUUAUAUAUAACUUUUACAGGAGUGUUUGAAUAUAUGUGCAUGACAAAGAAAAGGAAGUGAUAUUUUUAUUUUGUGACAAAAAAACAGCCUUUUGUUCAGUUUUUACCAACAUCCAGCUGCAGUGCCUUAAUGCAUGAUCAAAGCAAACUGUUAGAGCAUUUUUUUAUGUGAGAGAUACUGGUACAUCUUUUAUAGGAAACACUUGAUUGCACUUGAAAUUUACCUUUUUUUUUGACAAACCCUGCCAGCUAUGGCCUUACAGGAACACAGUCCACGCGCGUGGUGGUAUGAAGGAAGAGCUUUGAUGUGAAAGACUUUGGCACGAGGGUUGUGGGCGGUCAGUUCAAGCACUUUUUUUCUUUCUCCCUGAUCACUCCAUAAAGAGAUYGUGUGCAUCAUCUGCCCACAGGAAUGCAGCAAGCGUCUCCAUCUGAGGAGAACACUCAGAUUUUUGACACGUGCUGCAGCGUUGAGGCUCUUCCACUGUUUUUCAUCACUGAGACGCUGCUCUGACCCACCUGGGGUUUUUACUCUAUUUUCUACGUUAAGUUUCAAACCAAUGCAGUUCUGUGUAACAUUGUGAUUGGAGCCACGUUAAAAUUGGGUUAAUUUUACUGUUUUUUUUUUUUGUUUUUUUACACGAGAUUGAAAGUGUCAUCACUUAGUUACUGCUGUAAUGUUACAACCAGAAGCAAAUGGCCAGUAGUUCACCAGAGUUACGCUGCAGUUCACUUGUGUUUCAGGUUAACGUUGUUGAACAGUUGCAAAGCUUGUGAAAUGUACCCCCACCCCCUCUCCAUGUGRCCACUGGGUCACGUUCAGUGAGGCGUUGCUUUGUGUUUCUCCUACCUGGGCGUGCUCAGGUAAGAUGGGGACAUGCUGCUCUGGUUACACACCUGCGACCCCCCGCCCCCCUCCAGCGCAGGGCAGCGCCAAACGGACAGGAUCACAACGUGACGCGCAGUCCGGACACUAAUUUAUUUGAAGCAAACAGUCUGAAACCGUUGUACCAAUGUCAAAAACUAAAACAUAGAAGUUYCUAACAAAGUGUCUAAUUAAUAAAAAAAUGCCAUUUUGCUAUAA